UGUUAUAACACCCCUGCCACAAAGAAUAUUCACAUUAAAUUACGACCCGAAUUCCCAUUGAUUUUGUUUCGACGAAGCUAACGUUUUUCUCCGGCGAAGUCAAGUUAUGGAGCGACCUUUAUCUUCACUUGUGUUCAAUGGUUCUAUUAUAGAAGCCAUCGCUGAAGCCAAGCAGCAGAAGAAGCUUUUUCUGGUUUAUGUUUCAGGUGGCAAUAUGGAAUCAAACCAAUUGGACGCAUCAACUUGGCCGGACCCAAGAGUUGCUGAUUCUAUAUCAAAAUACUGCAUUUUGUUGCACAUCCUAGAAGAAAGUACUGAUGCCAAAAACUUCUCAGCACUGUAUCCACAGAAGGCCGCCCCUUGUAUUACAGCUAUUGGAUACAAUGGUGUUCAACUUUGGCAACAUGAGGGUUUUGUUUCUGCUGAUAAUCUUGCAUCUAGUCUUGAGAAGGCGUGGUUAAGUCUUCAUGUUCAGGAGACAACAGCUACUUUCUUGACUGCUGCACUUGCUUCAAAGAAAGAGCUUGUACCUGGAGCUUCUUCUGUAACCUCUGAAGUAGGGAGUUCUUCAAAUGCUCAAGUUUCAUCAGCUCAGGCAGAGACACAGAUACAAUCUUCAAUGGCUACAUCGUCUAACAACAAUCAGAUAGUAGAGGAAGAGGACCGUGGACGUGCUGCUACAGAGAUAGAUUCCUUGGUGAUUGACAUGGCUUCUCAUGGAUCAGCUGAUGCUUUUGAAUCCAGAGUUGGCGAGUUCAAUGAGUCUACCGGUGCGAUCACAAUAGCAGAAAAGCCACUUGAUCUUGUGGGGGUAGAUUCAACCAAGACUAUAGGUGCAUAUUCAAUGUCAAAAGAGAAUCCUGAUUUGCAUGAUCAACUCAUGUAUCCUAAUGAGGAAGCUCCCGGAGAGAUCGCCAAGAAGGCAAGGAAAGGUCCUGAGAUAAAAAUAGUUGAAGGUGCAGCUGCUGAGAAAGCUGAUUUUUCAGAUGCCUCGUCAAAUAGAUCUCACGAUGUUUAUUUAAACAUUAGAUUACCUAGCGGUUCAAGUUUACAAGUGAAGUUCCUUGUCAUGGAUACCUUAAGAAUGGUCAAGGACUAUGUUGAUAAAAACCAAACAAGCAGCUUUGGUUCUUACGAUCUAGCAGUUCCUUAUCCCCGCAAGGUUUUUGGUGAUGGAGAUUUAGAUAGAACAUUGUCAGAUUUGGGUUUACACAAUAGACAAGCACUUAUAAUCGUUCGUCAUAACAAAGUGAACGUUACACCAUUGCAUGGUCAAAGCAGUUCUGCUGAGAGUAACCAUUCAGCAAUUGGAUUCAAUGAAGGCUAUUUUUCUAUGAUCAGAAGGCUCUUUUCGUAUGUGAAUCCUUUAUCUUAUCUUGGUGGAAGUUCCAACACAUCAGACACUGCUCAGGGUUCUCAAAAUAGCAUAUGGCAAUAUGGUCCAAACCCCACACCUCAGAAUAAUCAGACAUUGGCACGUAAACCAUACCAAACUCCUAUAACUUCCACAAGUAAUAACAGAAGUACGAAGCCAGCUUCAUCUCGCUUUGGAAGCAACAUCCACACUCUGAAACAUGAUGAAGACGAGAAUCAGUUUGGUGACAAAAACACAUUCUGGAAUGGUAACUCUACUCAGUUUGGUGGUGAUGACAACAGUAAAUAAAUUUCCUUAAGAUUUCUUUGCACUUUCUUGUACAUUGAUGGGUCUACAAAUAGCAUAGUGGGUACAAUUCAGUAUAUUCUUCCUGUUAAUGCUUGCAUUAAGUUUUGAAUUGAAGCCUUUUCCGUUUAUCUUUACAAUGAUUGGCUUAUAAUAAAUUGCGGUUGCCACAAUAAACCUGAAUUGAGGUUAAUUCGAAAGGCGAGUUUAGUAUC